AUGCGCCGCGUUCGCCGCCUGACCUUGCUGGCUGGAGCGACUCUACUGACGGCCACCGGGCUCCUGCUGCGGAGCGCGGGCGACCAGCAGGACGACGGGCUGGCGGCCGGGGCCCUGCCGAGCGCUGCCGUCCCCCUGACCGGCUGCACGUGCCAGAGGCCCCUGCCGAGUGGCGCGCGCCGCGUCGUCUCUACCUGCGCCGGAUUCGCCACGCUGCGUGGACCAGACCAAUGGGUCGUCUCGUUCAGCUGGUUCGGAGGCGUCGACGGCGCGUACUUCGCCGGUAUUGCGGCGAACGCCGCGCGCAUGACGCGCGUCUAUCCCGGCUGGGUGAUGCGAGUGUACUACUCUGACCCGGAUGGUCUGCUGCUGCCCAGCCUCUGUCCGCUGGCCUGCAGGUACACACACCUGGACUUCUGUGAAGUGAGUGGAGCGGCUCAGCUGGCGAGCCAGCCGGGCGUGCUGUGGCGUUUUCUGCCGCUGACUGACCCAGCCGUGGAGCGGUUCAUCAGUCGUGACCUUGACUCGCUGAUAGGCCAGAGGGAAAGAGACGCCGUGCAAGAGUGGAUCGAGUCGGGGAAAACCAUCCAUGUCAUCAGAGAUCACCCCCUGCAUGCUGUCAGCAUCCUGGCCGGCGCCUGGGGAGCCUGGAAUAAACGCAGCGACAUCUACCGGCCAUUUCACGAACGUUUAGUGGCCGAUUCCGACGUUGAGCACAAGGCAUUUCGCUGGGGAGAGGAUCAGGUGCGGCUCGAAGGGCUGGUGUACCGGCCAGCCGCCGCCGCCGGAGACGUACUCGAACACGACAGCUACUUCUGCGGCCAGUUCGGCGCGUUCCGACCGUUCCCCAGUCGCAGGGACCUUGGCACGUUCCCGCACUUUGUCGGCGAUCGUGUGCUUCUCAGAGACUUUGAGCGAGAGCGCGUCACCCGAGAGGACUGGCUUUUCUACAUCAGAAAAUGUCCGCCGAAGUGCCGACCACCGCAACACGUCGAUUGGCUGUGGUGCUGAAGAGCGAAGUUAAACUGUCAUGCGAUACCUGAUGCUGGCUGCUUAACGAUGUGAUACCGACACGACUGGUCAACUCUAUUGUCUCGGGGCUGGAUAAUAACUCAUUUAGUGUCAUCAGUGAUAGAUUGUAGACUUGCUUAGUGAUGCGCGCCACUGGAGAGUAUUGUGUCGGGUUAUAGUUAAAGAAGUGACGACAUUUUUCAAGGUAAGCAUAGCAUGUUAGCACUGAAAAGAAAUUGUUCUACCCUCUUACCACCAUUUCACCUGUCUAUCCUGAGUUGACUGGCGUCUGACUACCCUCCCACUAAUCAAACACGGGUGGAAAAUGCUUGGCCAAACUGAUAGAAUGGCUGCAUCGUUAGUUGUCAGUAUCAUGCCCAAGCCGACCUCGGCGACGUGUACACGAUGCUGAUGUUGUCCUCUGCUGGUAAAAUGGCAAUGCGAUUGUGGUCCUGGCUACCACGCGUGUUCAUUAUUCUUCACAAAUCGUGCUCCCAACAGAGCGUCUAUUUCCGCCCUUCACCUGGCCCGUCUCGCCAACAUUGCAAUGUUCAUACCUGGUGAGCGCGAAUGUUAUCUUUGAUCCGUGCCACGCCAAUGUCCAUGUCGAUGACCAUUUGCCAAUGCUUCAAACCUUUAGUCAACUAUGCUAUUUGAGCGCGAGUGCAUCAGGUAUAAAUGGUCUCAAUAAAUGCGAUGGUUGAAUUUA